AUGUCCAAACCAAUGAUACAAGUCAACAAUGGCCAAAAUGAGCUUCAAAUUUCCGAAGAAUCGACAUCAAACACGAGGAGAACACUACACCAGAACAUAUUCGGCAAACUACGCCCUGUUCCUCUCCAAUAUCACUGGACAGUUUGGUUCGACAAGCACAGUAACCCAGAGAGCAGUACUAGUGUUGCCCUCACAAACAGCAGCAGCAUACAGACGCAACAACAGUAUACCUCACGCCUUACAGUGCUCUAUGAAGACAUUUCUGACAUUGCCGUCUUUUACCGAGUCUACAACAACUUCCCUUGGGAUAAAAUCCGGCUCCGGGACACGGUGCACAUAUUCCGCAAGGGCGUGAAACCGGUAUGGGAAGAUUCCGAGAAUCUGAGUGGUGGAUGUUGGACAUUUCGCGUACCGAAAGCCAAGGGACAAGAGUUUUUCCAUGAGAUUGCAAUCUUGGUUAUGGGCAAUGAGUUACAGGCAGCUGUGGAAAGUGAGCACGAUCAUAUCCUUGGAGUCAGCAUCUCGAUACGUUUCAAUACUCAUUUGAUAUCAGUCUGGAAUAAGCUUGGUUCCAAUGAACGUUCAAUCAAAAUAUUGGAGCAGACUAUCAUUGAUCGAUUGUCACCAGAACUAAGGCCUGCUGAUAAGACUGUUGUAUCUUCUUCUUCCUAUUUUUACAAGAGACAUGCAGACCAUGAAGGGUUCCGUGGGGCAAUUGAAAGAGCUCGGAGCUCUGAAGAGGAAUAGCCUACCUUAGGUAUGUAUUGUAGGAAGAGUUUUUGCUCCUAUUUCUUUGUUCAAACACAAAAUUGAUUGUUGAAUAUGAGUCAUUUGCCAAGUUAGUGAAAUUUUGUGAAUAUGCCUGAUG